GAUGUACACUCCGGUCCUUGGGGGCGAGUCCAAGCUAGCCUACACUUGGGAAGACUUUGAGAUAGCGCCUUACCCUGGCUUUACUUCCGCCGCCGACGCCGUGAUCAAGAAGUUUUGGCGCAAUUAUAGGGUGGCGACUGAGCAUAAGGAGAGGGCGGACGUGGUGCUCCGUAACAUGUGUCGGAAGUUGACACGGCAGCAGUGGUACAACCAGAGGAUCACGUGCAUCGGCCACUUCUAUGCUGAGCAGGGCGUAAGGUACACAAAGCCUGAGAUUGUGCAGGGACUCGCCCCGGCUAUGACGAUAGAUGACUUCAUGUCGGUUGUACCACAUUGGGCUGAUAAUAAUAAGAGGGCCGCCUUCAUGGAGUUGGUCAAGAAUUGGGUCGGCGAAAACCCCGAUUUCAAGGCCGUGAGCGACCGGAACAAGGCCAACCGUGGGAAUCGGGGAACACACAUCUGCGGGGAGCAGCAGCACCGAUCGCUAUCGGGAGCGUCUGAAUGA